UCAAUACGAACAUGAAUUACUCUUAUCAAAUCUGUACAAAGAUUUGAUCAUUUUACCACCUGCAAAUCAACCCUGGUUCCCUUCUCCCCUUCCCUUUCUCUCAAAUGGCGUUGGCCGUUCUCAGAAAAACCUUCAAUUCGUUAAACCCUAAUGAUAGAAUCCUCCGAUCCCUAUCUUCCUACGCCGCAGUUGCCACAGACAACGCCGAAAAACCGGAAUCCAACAGCUCCUCUUCCUCCUUCACCUUCUCACCAGAUCAGAAUGACAGCACCAACAACACAAACAAGGGCAACGCCGCCGCCUCUGAUGAUAUAUACAUCAAAUCAAAAAAACCACCGCCUUCGACGUCCGUGACGAUGCCGAUGUCGUUCAUGACCGGAUCGAUAGUAGGGAAGAGGUUCUAUAAGCAAGUAACGACUAGAGUUGCAGAGGAUGGAAACGGUUGGUCUGUGAUGCUUGAUUACAGAACGCUUAAAACACCUUCUAAGAGGCCUCUAAAAUGCCCUACUCUCCGUCUUGCUAAAGCUAUCGCUGCUGAAUGGGAUUACCAGCUUACAGAUGGAAUCAGGCCAUUUACAAUGCCUCUAAUGAAACUUGCAUGUACUGCUUUGGAGAGAGUUCCCCUCACUAGAUCACAUAUUAUCAGUAAUUUAAUGACAAGGUUUCAUCAAGAUUUGGUGUUUUGCAGAGCCCCAGAUGAUAAUGAGUUGACAACUGGUGUCUAUGAAUUACAAGUGAAGAAAAUGGAUCCUCUUCUUAAAUGGGUAGAAUCAGAAUUUGGGUUCAAACCCGUUGUAUAUUCAAGCUUUUUUGGGGGCAAACAAGAAGAUGGUCUUGUAAAUGCCGUAAAUACCCUUCUGAAGAAAACCAAUGAUAAUGAAUUGGCAGCCAUUGAUGCUCUUACUUCAGCAUCACACUCGUUAAUAAUCUCAAUUGCAAUUUUUCGUGGGAAGCUUCAGAUUGAUGAAGCAAUUGAAUUGAUCAGACUUGAAGAAGACAUGCAGGUUGAAAAAUGGGGUUUGGUAGAAGGUGGUCAUGAUCUUGAUGUUGCAGACCUUAAGGUGCAAAUUGCUUCAGCCACUGUUUUCCUUGGACUUACUAAAAAGGUUGUACACAUGAUAUGUAGGCAAAUGAGAAGACAUUUUAGAAAAUUAUGUUAUUUUAAAUACAUAUGAAAUAUGAUGUUAUGU